UGGAGGUGAUCAGCAGUCCUGCCAUGGGCACGUUGUCUCCCGUGGGGGGCCGAGUUCAGCAGAAAGCAAAUCAGGUACCAGUGGCCAUGCUCCGGGUCUACCAGGGCCUGUUUCGUCCCUAUGUUGGACUCUCCGUGCGGUUAAGCAGCAGUAGGAUAGACCCGAAGGGCAUCCUGGCCAAUCGGGUAGCUGUGGUCACAGGGUCCACUGAUGGGAUUGGCUUCGCCAUCGCCCGGCGUCUGGCUGAGGAUGGGGCGCAUGUGGUGGUCAGCAGCCGGAAACAGCAGAACGUGGACCGGGCAGUGGCCACACUGCAGGGGGAGGGGCUCAGUGUGGUGGGCACUGUGUGCCACGUGGGGAAGGCUGAGGACAGGAAGCGGCUGGUGGCCACGGCCCUGGAGCACAGCUCAGGCGUGGACUUCCUGGUGUGCAAUGCAGGGGUCAACCCCCUGGUGGGGAGCAUCCUGGGGGCCAGUGAGCAAGUGUGGGACAAGAUCCUGGACGUGAACGUGAAGGCCCCAGCCCUGCUGCUGCGCCAGCUGCUGCCCCACAUGGAGAAGAGGGGGAGGGGUGCUGUCAUCCUGGUCUCCUCCAUUUCAGCUUACAUGCCCCUGGUGGAGCUGGGUGCCUACAAUGUCAGUAAGACAGCCGUGCUGGGCCUCACCAGGUCGCUGGCACUGGAGCUGGCCCCCAAGGACAUCCGGGUGAACUGCUUGGUUCCAGGACUAAUCAAGACUGACUUCAGCAGAAUGUUACAUGAGAAUGAGACUUUCUGGAACAGCCUCAAGCAAAUCCAGAAGCUUCAGAGGAUAGGGCAGCCUGAGGACUGUGCAGGACUCGUGUCAUUCCUGUGCUCUCCAGACUCCAGCUACAUCAACGGCGAGAACAUUGUGGUGGCUGGCUUCUCCCCUCAGCUCUGACCAGGUUCGGGGCC